UGCUAGUCUUGUGGUUAAGACAGAGCUGGACGUCACCGAUGCUGGCAGGUCAGCUCAGCUCAACUGCUGCGUCCCGAGUAUUAAGACUUAGCCAACCGUGAAAAGCUAGCAAACAUUCCCGUCCCUUAAAAGAAAGAACAGUCUCCAUAAGACAUAAGUAUACCAGAUCUUCGAAGAAGCGUGUCGGCGAUAAAAUGAAGAGGCGGAUACAUUUAGGUUUUGUGCUGGUUUAUUCGCUGGUGUGGUGUUUCUUUUCGUGCUCGGCGUUUUAUCUUCCGGGUUUAGCCCCAGUGAGUUUUUGUGAAGCUGGCAAAGGUGGUGAAGAUUGUCAGACAGUGAUUAAGUUGUUUGUCAAUCGCUUGGACUCAGUGGAGUCAGUCCUACCUUAUGAGUAUGACGUCUUCGACUUUUGCAAAGAUGCCAAAGAAAUUAGGCCUUCUGAGAAUCUUGGACAGGUGCUCUUUGGUGAACGAAUUGAGUCUUCACCAUACAAGUUCAACUUUAAAGAAGAUGUUAAAUGCAAGGCGGUGUGCACAAAAAACUACAAGAAAGGCACCCAGGAGGAUGCAACCAAAUUGGAUUUUCUCAAGAUGGGAAUGCAGCUGAACUACCAGCAUCACUGGAUCAUUGACAACAUGCCGGUGACAUGGUGCUAUGAUGUGGAAGAUAGUCAGAAGUACUGCAACCCGGGCUUCCCCAUUGGCUGCCUCGUUACAUUAGAAGGCAGACCUAAAGAUGCUUGUGUCAUCAAUUCUGAGUUCAACAAGAAGAACACAUUUUACGUUUUUAACCAUGUGGACAUCAAGAUCACUUACCACAGUGGAGAAUCAGAAGGAUGGAGAGGCGCCCGGCUGGUCGCUGCCACUCUGGAGCCAAAGAGUAUCAAACAUGCAGAUGAGAAAAACCCAAGCUGUGAAGGAGGCACCCCGAUGGAGGUCCAUGGGCCAUUUGAUAAUGAUGUGUCGAUAGUUUACACCUACUCUGUCACAUUUGAGGAAAACAAUUCAAUCAAGUGGGCCUCUAGGUGGGACUACAUUCUGGUCUCCAUGCCUCACACCAACAUCCAGUGGUUUAGCAUCAUGAACUCCUUGGUCAUUGUCCUUUUCCUGUCUGGAAUGGUUGCCAUGAUCAUGCUGAGAACCCUGCACAAGGACAUAGCCAGAUACAACCAGGUGGACCAGGAGGAUGCACAGGAAGAGUCCGGGUGGAAGCAGGUGCAUGGGGAUGUGUUCCGUCCCCCCAGGAAAGGCAUGUUGUUGUCUGUGUUCCUUGGACAGGGCACCCAGAUCUUCAUCAUGACCUUCAUCACACUCUUCCUGGCCUGUCUGGGUUUCCUGUCACCAGCAAACAGAGGGGCACUAAUGACAUGUGCUGUGGUUCUCUGGGUUCUGCUGGGAACACCUGCUGGCUAUGUGUCAGCACGUCUUUACAAAACUUUUGGAGGUGAAAAGUGGAAGACAAAUGUGUUGCUGACAGCACUCUUGUGCCCAGGUAUUGUGUUUGCAGACUUCUUCCUGAUGAACCUGAUCCUUUGGGUGGAGGGUUCCUCAGCAGCAAUCCCUUUUGGCACUCUGGUGGCCAUUUUGGCCCUGUGGUUUGGAAUCUCUGUGCCUCUCACCUUCAUUGGUGCCUACUUUGGAUUCAAGAAACCUGCAAUUGAGCAACCAGUGCGAACAAACCAGAUCCCCCGUCAAAUUCCUGAGCAGUCUUUCUUUACAAAACCUAUUCCUGGUAUAGUAAUGGGUGGAAUCCUGCCUUUUGGUUGCAUCUUCAUCCAGCUAUUCUUCAUCCUCAAUAGCAUUUGGUCUCAUCAGAUGUACUACAUGUUUGGGUUCCUUUUCCUGGUUUUCAUUAUUCUACUCAUUACCUGCUCUGAGGCCACAAUUCUGCUCUGCUACUUCCAUCUAUGUGCUGAGGACUACCACUGGUGGUGGCGUUCCUUCCUGACCAGCGGCUUCACAGCAGUCUAUCUGUUCAUCUAUGCUGUGCAUUACUUUUUCUCAAAGCUGCAAAUAAUUGGAGCAGCCAGCACCUUCCUCUACUUUGGAUACACUAUGAUUAUGGUCCUUAUCUUCUUCCUCUUCACAGGUACAAUUGGCUUCUUCGCUUGCUUCUGGUUUGUAAAUAAGAUCUACAGUGUGGUCAAAGUGGACUAGAGGGCUGAGGGAAAGACUGACUCCUUGCUGUGGCAGCACUGGCCUCCUCAGUGCUGGCUGUGUGAUAAAGUGGUCUUAAUGGACCUGAACUGAAACCAUCACCUAUAGAAACGACCUGAAGAGCAGAGCCCGUCCUCUUUUGUGCUUUAAACCUAUGUUGCUAUUGUUUUCUUUUUUUUUUAAAUAUAUAUAAUUUUGUGUUCACUGUUGACCAGUAAUAUUUUGAGUGGCGCCUGGAAAAUCAGUGUGGCUUCCAAUGAUCUAGUUGUCAUAGUGAGCAAUUUGUGUUGGUGGGUUUAACAAGAAAAGCUGAAAUGGUUUUAAGUUUCUAAAGAAAGUAAAAAGUUCUGUAAUUUUGCUUUUAUAUUAUGUCUAAAUGUUUUGUUUUUCAUUCAUUACUUAUAUUGUAAUGAUGAAAAAAUGUGUGUACAUAUUCUGUACAGAGCGAGCGAGUGAGAGAAUGCUACUUAUGAUUGUCACCAUUAUGAAACCUUUAUGUUCUUUUCUUUGAGGUAAAGAUGGGGCUAUAAAUCCUUAAAAUAUCAGCUUGUAUUGUAGUUCAGAAAUUAUAUAAAACACUCACAUUGCUUU